CCAGGUACGUGAGGCCUUUUCUGCAGAGGGCCUUGCAGUGGCUUCAGGGAAUAGAUUUACGAAGUCCUUGAAGGGUCAAAAAGGUGCAGUUUUUAAAGAUUUUAGUACAUAUUGCUUAACAGCCUUCCAUAAAGGCUUAUCAAUUAUCAACAGUCAUGUAUAUAUGUGUCCCAUUAGUCCAUAUUCCUAGCAACUCUGAAUGUUUUUUCCAAUUUCUAGUUAAUUUGACAGUUGGGGUUAAAAAGACAUCUCGAUUAUGUAAAAACUACAUUUUUUUCAGGUGCCUCUGGCUCUCUAGAGGGGCUGGGGGAAAGUAACUGAAGAAAUGUUGCCCAGUUGAGCUCGGGGUAUCUUCAGACGGUCAGGUGACUGACUUAUAGCAGGCAGUCAAGAGAAGAACAGGAAGGGAAAUCUGCAGGGAAAGGGAAUGUUACAAAUUCUUUUACGAGAAGGGCAACUGUAAUAGGGAGGUUUUACAGUUUUGUUAAUAAACUUUAGGGGGGCACGUCAUUCCAAAUUAGGUGAAGUUGCUUUCGGCAGGGAAAAGCACAUCUCCUGACUACUCUGCGCGGUUAAACUCUCGAGCCCUGUGCUGGCAGCCGCGCUGCAGCCACUGGGUAGCGAGUAGCAGCUGGGCAGGAGGACCCCGGCGGCCGCUGAGCCGUCCCACAAUGCCCCGCUCGCGCCACCCUAAGGGCGGAGAAAAAGGACCGCUGCCGGGAUAGGGAUCCGCGGAGAACUCCAAGAAGUGCGCACGCGCAGUGACCUCGGCGGGCCCUAGCAACCAGAGCAGUGACAGUAGCAACCGCCGGAAUGGCAAAAGCAACAACAAUCAAAGAAGCCCUAGCCAGAUGGGAAGAGAAAACCAGUCAGAAGCCAUCCGAAGCCAAAGAGAUAAAGCUUUAUGCCCAGAUUCCCCCUAUAGAGAAGAUGGAUGCAUCCUUGUCGAUGCUUGCUAAUUGCGAGAAGCUUUCACUGUCUACAAACUGCAUUGAAAAAAUUGCCAACCUGAAUGGCUUAAAAAACUUGAGGAUAUUGUCUUUAGGAAGAAACAACAUAAAGAACUUAAAUGGACUGGAGGCAGUGGGAGACACUUUGGAAGAGCUGUGGAUCUCCUACAAUUUUAUUGAGAAGUUGAAAGGGAUCCAUGUAAUGAAAAAAUUGAAGAUUCUCUACAUGUCUAAUAACCUGGUGAAAGACUGGGCUGAGUUUGUGAAGCUGGCAGAACUGCCAUGCCUGGAAGACCUGGUAUUUGUAGGCAAUCCUUUGGAAGAGAAACAUUCCACUGAAGGGAAUUGGAUUGAAGAGGCAACCAAGAGAGUGCCCAAACUGAAAAAGCUGGACGGUACCCCAGUAAUUAAAGAGGACGAAGAAGAAGAAAACUAACACCAUGCUUUCUGCUUUGUGUUAACUUAUUUAAAUGUAAUAAGAACAAUAGAUAAGUUUUGUUAUAAUUGUCUGUUUUAAAGAUUCUGUGUGGGGCAAAAGUUUCUUAAGAUAAAACGAAUCUCCGAUUCCUAUUUUUUUCUUAACCUAUUCAGUAUUUCUCCCCUCAAAUGGUAACACCAACUUUAUAUGUUGUAGUCCUCUUUUUAGAAACUAUAAAUUUUCAAUUUUUGUCUUCAGUCUCAGUUAUGUACUGUGUGAUCUCAUCUACUGAAACCUUCAUAGACCAAUCAUUUUUAACAACAAAGGAGCAAAUGUGGUUCUUUAUUCAAGUAUUUUUAGGCCAGGCAUUUCAAUAUAUAUAUACUUAACUUUUGAAUCUGUAGGCCAUCUUUCUUGAAGGUCCAUCUCUGUAUGACUCAGAAGCACAAGCAUGUCAUGCCUUUGCUUCCAAAGGCAGCAUGGUGAUGGGAAGAGUUCCUCGUAGAAAUGUAGCAGCAGCUAUAGAACCAAGACUCCAAAGACACAGUGAAAAAGCUAUGG